AUGAUGAUAAUUUAUUUUCCCUUUUGUCGAUUGCCUUUCCUCGGACCCAACUGUGUGCCACAUUCCCCAGGCAUUCCAACUUUCAUCUGUGCUCAUCUCGCCGACAUCUGUGACCCGAGCUAUGCGCAAUUAAAGGACAUCCGACUUAUCGACCCGUGCAGUCCAUCCAUCUUGCACACGAGGCCGUGGUCCCAAAACCAGAGUAUUCCAAUCAUCGUCGUCAUCAUCUUGGGUAAUCCUGUCUUUCCGCCGACCAGAGUGGGAACUUUCCGCUUCAUGAGCCUCAUGUGCUCCUUACGUUUUCCACUCGAUGGAAUCGGGGGAAAAGUGGGUGAGGUGGGAGAGGUCCUGGGUUGACGCGUUGUGCGCUAUUAAACUUUUUGGCAUGAUAUUACGGCCCAGGACAAACACACAUACACAUGCACAUACAUACUUGUCAUAUAAUAAACUUUUAUG